ACGCACUGUCACUAACCCCGCCCCCACCAGAACUAAACAUAGUAGUAAGCCGCGGAAUCCAAGGUUCAUGUUUCAACACCAGCAUCGUGUAUUUUCCACUGUACGCCUUCACCAUGGUAUUUUCUUCACAUACAUCAGCACGACAUGCCAGGACUCACGCCGAAAAACUUCUCUUGGGUCGAGCCAAAGAAACUCGCCGCGCUGGCUCUGCCUUCAGAACCGGGUCAUUAUAAGUACCUGGUGGAGAAUGGCAUCACACACCUUGUAUGCUUGUGCGAAUCCAAACCUCCGAACUAUGACACCUGUCCCGGACUCACCCUGCAUCACAUCAACAUCGUGGAUUUCACACCACCCACUCCGAGCCAGAUACAGCGAUUCCUAGGCAUCGUGGAGGAAGCCAAUGGCAAAGGACAGAGUGUUGCGGUUCACUGUAUGCACGGUCAUGGCAGGACUGGGACCAUGCUGGCCUGCUAUCUGGUGAAAACCAGGAACAUUUCAGGUCUGGAAGCCAUCAAAGAAAUCCGGCGACUUCGACCGGGGUCGAUUGAGACAGAAGAGCAAGAGAAAGCAGUGAUAGAGUUUCAACAACACAUUCAAGAUAGUUUCUGUGUGAACAACAUUAACACUCCACCCACAUUUAAAUCUAUAUAAUCAUGUCUGCUGUGGUUAGUAAUUUCUGUGGUGAGUCACACACUCAAUAAGCCUGCUAGUAUGAGUUAUUAAGAAUACACAAAACUAUAAUCUAUAUAACAAACCUGCAUUGUGUAGCCUGACAACUCUUUAUGUAUAGCCUAUGGACUGGGUGUGUCUGUUUAUCCACAAAACAUGAAUCGGUUCACCUAGGAAACUUAAAAGGGUUGAUUCUGCUUUGUCAGUUGUACUUAAAAAACAAAACAACUCGGGUACCAAAACGAUCUUUACAUAAUUACUGGUUCUAGUAUUUUGCAUUUAAUAUGAUGGGUUUAUUCAUUUAUUUAAAAGUAUAAUAAUGUCAUUCAUAGAUGAUAUCUCUGUAUGGUUGUGUUUUAAGGUCAUUAUAUAUUUAUGGAUUUGGCAGAUGCUUUUAUCUAAAGCGACUUACAGUAUUGUGCAAAAGUCUUAGGCCACCAUGCCACAAUUAGAUUUGUUGUUUUUGCAAUGUUAUUGUGAUCAUAUAUAAUUGUUUCUCAGUCUCUUUAAAGGUGCAGUGUGUAAAUUUUAGCGGCGUCUAGUGGUGAGGUUGCAAAUUGCAACCAAAGGCUCAGUCCACUGCCCACCCCUUGCUUUUAAAAUGCAUAGAGAAGCUAUGGUAGCCGCCACCGGAAAAACAUGCCAUCGUCUGAGAUAACUUCGUUAAAAAGUUUGUCCGUUAAGGGCGUCUGUAGAAACAUGGCGGCACAAAAUGGCGACUUCCAUGUAAGGGGACCCUCUGUGUUGGUACAUAAAACGCCUAAUUCUAAGGUAAUAAAAACAUAACGGUUCAUUAUAAAAAGGUCUUUAUACACCACUGAUAAUAUAGUUUUGUAUAUUUUUUUGCAUUUCUGUCAAGAGAUCCUUCUAAUUACACACUGCACCUUUAAUAGAAUACAUCUAGGAAAUGUGUAUAUAGUACUAAAAACUGUAUAAAAAUGUAAACUGAUGUGUCAAGUUUUAAGGGUAAACUCCCCUUCCACUUGAGCAGUAGCAGGAAACUACAGGAUCUCUUUAACAUAAAUAAAGUUACAUCCUAAUUUCUAAUUUUAAAGAAAUUAGUCUUUUUAAUUCAUUCUGCUUAAACGCUUCUAAUCAAUAACAUAAACAUUAAACACUGUUAAGUCUCUCAUUACCUAAAAAUGCAUAAAAUAACACUUAAUUAAAAAAAUUACUCUCCAAAAGCAGUUGCAUGCAAAGCAUGCUGGGAAAUACAGAUCCACGGCCAGUUAGUAAUAGCAACAAAAAUUAUUCAUGUUGUCCCAACAUAAAAUUAUUAAGUGGACUGAACUUGAUAAAAUUAGGUUGAGAUAAAAAAAACGGUAUUCCUUUUCCAGAACCCACUCUUAAACUAAUUGUGUUAACGCAAUUAAAAACGAAUCAAUAAAUUAUAGUACAUAUUCAUUUUGUGUUAGACUAAUUUAAUAUAUACUUAUUGCUCUUAAUGAGAUAUUUUCAAUUAAUUGAACACAAUUUUAAUGUGUCAUUUCUAAGAAGGGCUUGAAUCAUUUUUUUUGUGCAUUUAGUCCUGAAUUUUUUUAUACAUAUUUCCUGUAUUUUCUGUUUGUAUGUUAAUAAAAUAGAUUGAAAAAUAAAUAAAUAUCGAUGAGAUAAAAACUUCUAAAACAACGAGUCUGGUGAUGGUGGCCUAGACUUUUGCACAGUACUGUACAGUGCAUCACAAGGUAUCCUUUUUUUUAUAUGUGUUCCCUGUAUUCAAACCCAUGACCUGUUGUGCAAUGCUUUACCACUGAGCUAUAAAGGAGCAUACAGUAUUUUACCUCCUAAAACAAUGCAAUAUUCAUGAUUAAAUUCAUAUUUGUAAAAAUGUACAUGCAUUUAAGAUAAAUUGCAUUAGUGUUUACAUUUAUGCAUUUGGCAACACUUAUCCAAAGCGACUUGCAAUGCAUCAUAGGGUAUACAUUUUAAAUCAGUAUGUGUGAACCCAUGACCUUUCGCACUGCUAAUGCAAUGCUCUAUUACUGAGCUCGAUACAGGAGCAAAAAUUUACUUGCCACUUUGUGUAUCCAUAAAACUACACUGCAAAAAAUGACUUUCUUACUUAAUAUUUUUGUCUUGUUUUCAGUAGAAAUAUCAAAAAAUUCUUAAAUUAAGAUGCUUUUUCUUGAUGAACAAAACGACCCAAGAAAAUAAGUCUAGUUUUUAGACCAAAAUAUCUAAUUUAAGUGAUUUUGUGCAUAAAACGAGCUAAAUAAUCUGCAUUUUUCUUAAACACCAAGUCCAAGAAAAAUUCAAGAAAAACUUGCUUACCCCAAUGGCAGUUUUUUUGCUUGUUUUAUGCACAGAAUCACUUAAAUGUGAUAUUUUUGGUCUAAAAACUAGACUUAUUUUCUUGGGUCGUUUUGUGAAAAAAUUUUAGAUAUUUUUUACUGAAAACAAGACAAAAAUACUAAGAAUUUUUUUCUUGAAAAUGAUUUUUUGCAGUGUAUUGAUAGCAAUAAACACUAUUCAGCGCACACCCUUUAAACUAGAGAUAAUAACGAUUUUUCCAUUUUUUUUAAUCAUAUUGUACAUCCUUAUUUGUAAUUGAGCAAACUGCAAGCUCCUUGUAGCAAAAAGUUUCCCAAAUAAAGGUGUUAGAAAAACAGAAGUCUUUAAUUUUUUUUGUAAAAUCUGUAUUUAUUUAUG